AUGUUCGGUAAAAAACCAACUGUUCAAGAACAAACAAAAGCUUCUAAUCGUGAAUUAAAAAAAACUGAUCGAGAAUUAGGACGUGAUCGACAUAAACUUGAAGCUGAAGAACAGAAAUUAGUUAAUGAAAUUCGAAAGAAUGCAUCGACUGGUAAUAAAAAAGCCGUCGAAAUUCUAGCUAAACAACUUGUGAAACUUCGUAAUCAGAAAGACCACUCAUUGCAAGCAUCUGGUCAUAUUCAAGGUUUAGCUUCACAAAAUACUAUAAUGGCAUCUAAUAUGCGCAUGGCUACUGCAAUGGAGUCAACUGGAAAAACAAUGGCCAAAAUGAAUAAACUUAUGGAUCCUGUGCAAAUGGCAAAAGUUACUCAACAAUUUACUCAAGAACAUAUGAAAUUGGGUAUUACAGAUGAAAUGAUUGGUGAAACACUUGAAGCAGCUUUAGGUCAAGAUGGUGAUUCAGAAGAAGAAGAUGCUAUUGUUAAUCAAGUUCUUGGUGAAAUAGGAAUUUCAUUAAAUGAACAAAUGUCACGUGCUCCACGUGUACCAGGAUCAACAGUUAAUGCUGCAACUAAUCGACGACAAGCUAAUCAAGAAGAUGCUGAAAUUGAACGAAUGUUAGCAGAGCUUAAAUAA